GGGGAAGGGAGGGGAGGGGCUAGGGGAGGGAUAAGGGGCAGCAAAGUUUGGCAGUAGAUGAGAUCAUGAAAUGUGGAAGUGAUGGGGCAGGAAAGCAUUUGCCUUGGAAAGGUUUACUAAAUGGGGAUUAAGGAUCCAAGUGGAGAGACAGAGUAAGGAGGGGGAACAAGCAGUGGUGCAUUUAGAUCUGCACCCCCCAAGCCAUGCAGACUACACGCCGGAGCCGGCUGACCACACCACCGGGGACAAGCAGUAACGUCCCUGUCCCCCAAGAUACCGUCACAAGUAGCCCUUCUAUUUCUGGCGAUCUUCGGCUGCUCCACACUAUAGACUGUGGAGAUCAGCUGCUUUCUUGCCAGUUCAAUAAUGAUGGGACACGGGUUGCAGCAGGAUUACGCACUGGCACCAUUAAGGUUUUUUCAGUCAGUGAUGGCUCCCUUCACCAUGUUCUUGCUGACAGUGAAACUGUGACCCAAGGAUUACCUAUCACCUCCCUGCGCUUUAUGCCCCGUGGCCCCGCCCACAAUGGAGAUGUCUUGCUUGCCACCUAUUCUGGUGGGAAGCUGAAGCUAUGGCAUGUCCCUUCCCGCACCUGUGUGCGCACCUUAGCGGAGGAUCGCCAGACAAUGAUCGCUUCCUUCAACCCUUCUGGCUCCAGGUUCAUCACAGGUGGAGCAGGACCGGGCAUUUACAUGUACGACACACAAACCUGGGAAAAAUUGCAGAAUUUUCAGCCAAGUGAUUCCCCAAAUGUGAUGGAUGGGCACAUGUCCCGGGUCUAUGCGCUGACCUUCUUCCCGGACAAUGAUGAGCGUUUCGUCUCUGGAGGAUGGGAUGACACAGUACAGUUCUGGAACGUGCAGACAACACAUUCUAUACGGCGCAUCUCUGGACCCCAUGUCUGUGGUGAUGCUGUCUCCAUAGACAAAACUGGGACACAGGUUCUGACAGGCUCCUGGAGGCGGAACAACACAUUGCAGAUCUGGGAUGCUGAAACAGGUGCCAAGAUCAUGGACAUUCCAGAAGACUUCCGAGGUCAUUCACAGAUUUAUACUUGCCACUUACUUGGCUCUGACCACAUCAUAGCUGGUGGAAGUCGGAACAACUUAUGUCGGCUCAUUGACAGGAGAAUCCUCAUGAGUACAGGGGUGCUGAAUGAUCUGCCCGGGGGUGUCUACAGUACUCACAUCAGUGCCCGUGGUGUCUUGGCUGCCACUUCCAGCAACACUUUAUACCUUGCACAGACGCCAGUGAGACCCUGAACCCUUCCUUCGGAGGCUACCAUCAAGAGUGAUGCUCUCAAUGACUUCCCCAUCAUGGUACGCUAAUUAAGGACAUGCCAAUGUGUGCCUGAUGGCUUCUUAGAACCCUCUAC